UCCGUUUAUCGAAUCUUUAAUUAUUGUAUCAUGAAUUGUCCCGAUGCAUCGAUUUUUUUUCUACAGGCCUAAUUUAAAUGUGUUAUUAUUUAAUACUUAAACACUUUAUGUGGAUAAGAUGGAAUUUUGAUUUUCAGUCGAUCGAAGAUAGAUGUUAGAAUGUUUAUUUCCUGGAGAUCAUAUAAAAGCAGUUUUAUAGAAGUUCACAAAUUUACUAGGUUAAUACGUAUGUGCCAUGUAGAAGGUUGCAGUAAUUCUGGAAAGAAAUGUUCGGAUGUUGUUAUGGUACCAGUGACUAGAAUUCCGCUAAUAAGCCAAAAAUGUAAUGGAAGUUCGUUGAAUAGUGUGCCGCAAGAUGGGGAUACCGAUGUGGUCGAAGGUAUUUGGCGACCCAGUCCAUAUACUGCUUUGGGCAAUGUAAUAAGUCAUUAUAAACAAUUAUCGAAAUUCCGGCUAACGUCUUUAGUAGUUAUUACUGCGAUGAGCGGAUACGCGAUGGCACCCACGCCGUUUGACAUAUAUACCUUUUCUGCGUGUUCCUUGGGUACUGGAUUAGUUUCCGCAGCUGCUAAUGCUAUAAACCAAUAUCACGAAGUACCUUUUGAUUCACAGAUGUCAAGGACAAAAAAUCGCGUCUUAGUUACAGGGCAGCUAGCACCGUUGCAUUGUAUUGGAUUUGCCUUACUCUCAGCAACGACAGGACUCAGUUUGCUUUAUUUUGGUGUGAAUGGUUUGACAGCGGCAUUAGGGUUCACUAACCUCAUAUUGUAUACUGCGGUGUAUACACCUCUGAAAAGGGUGAGCAUACUGAAUACAUGGAUCGGAUCUCUGGUAGGAGCUAUACCUCCUUUGAUGGGAUGGGCUGGCAGCGCUGGCAAUCUUGACGCUGCAUCAUUUUUUCUGGCCGGAGUACUUUUUGCUUGGCAAUUUCCUCAUUUUAAUGCUUUAUCAUGGAAUCUUCGACCUGAUUACUCUCGCGCUGGUUAUCGAAUGAUGGCAGUGACUAAUCCUGCUUUGUGUCGACGAACAUCAUUGAAAUACACGGCUGCUAUUGCUAUACUCUCAGCUUUAGCUCCAUUUUUCAAUAUUACGUCAUAUUGGUUUCUUUUGGAAUCUGUUCCUUUGAAUGCGUACUUCUGUUAUUUGGCAUUUAAAUUUUAUCAACGAACGGAUAGUAAUACCUCUCGGACGUUAUUUCGUUUUUCACUCAUUCAUUUGCCCUGUUUGAUGCUAUUAUUCUUAUUGAACAAACAAAGUGGGAUAGCUACAGAAAAGAAAUCGUUUAUUGUUGGAAAAUGGUCAAGAGAACUUCCUAGUACCACUCCAUAAUGAGGACAACCUGCGAACCACAAUUAAAUAAAAAAGAGAAAAAUUAGCUACAUGGGAGGUUCCAUGGGAAAGUGAACCUCAGCGCAAAAAUUAUUUUCUUUAUAAAACUAACAAACGUGUGGACAUGUAAGCCAUUUGUAAAAAUCUUGAAUCAAUCA